AUGGAGCUGGAGGACAUGAUCCAGAACGGCAUCAUCACCAAGAUCCAUGAAGGCGAACCAACAGCGUGGGUGAACAGCCUCGUGUUCCGCCUCAAAGACAAUGGCAAGCUACGCCUGUGCCUAGACCCCAAGGACCUCAAUCACGCCAUCCUGCGAGAGCACCACGUGGUCUCCACCAUUGAGGAGAUCACCCCGAAGUUGAGAGGUGCCAAAGUGUUCUCGAUCGUCGACGUCAAAUGUGGGUACUGGAAUGUGGAGCUCGACGACGAAUCCAGUUACCUCACCACCUUUAACACACCAUUCGGGCGCUACAGAUUCCUUCGCAUGCCAUUCGGCCUCAAGGUGUCGCAAGAUGUCUUCCAAGCCAGGAUCGACCAGACGUUCGAAGGGUGCUCAGGCGUCACCGGCAUCGCAGACGACAUCGUCACAUACGGGACGUCAGACGAGGACCAUGAUCUCAACAUGCUCCAGAUGAUGGUUCGCUGCAAACAAUCUGGUCUCAAGUUGAACCCAGACAAAUGCCGCAUCAAAGAGGACAAGAUCAAGUUCUUCGGCAUCAUCUGCAGCGCUGACGGAAUACAGCCCGACCCGAAGAAGGUCUCAGCGCUGAAGCAGAUGGAGCACCCCGAGAACGAGGACGAGCUCCAGACGUUCCUCGGGCUAGUCACGUACAUGAGCCCGUUCAUACCGAAUGCCAGUACACUGACCGUGCACCUGCGUGAGCUGACCAAGCCAGAUACACCGUUUGCCUGGACAGACAGCCACCAGCGCACCUUCGACAAGGUCAAGGCCGCCAUUUCGACAGAAGUAACGCUCAGUUACUUUGACCCAGGCAAGGCAACGACACUACAAGUCGACGCUUCCAUGAAAGGUCUCGGCGCCACUCUGCUGCAGGACGACAAGCCUGCUGCAUUCGCCAGCAAGAAGCUCACCGAGACGGAGUCUCGCUACGCCAAUAUUGAGCGUGAGCUCUUAGCCGUCGUAUACGGGUGUGAAAGAUUCCACACCUACCUAUUCGGUCAGUCAUUCACAGUAGAAUCCGACCACAAGCCGCUGGAGUCAAUCAAGCUCAAGCACCUCCGCGCAGCCCCGCAGCGUCUACAGCGCAUGCUGCUGAAGCUGCAGCCGUACGACAUGACCAUCAAGUACCGCCUUGGAAAGGACAUUCCGAUCGCAGACGCGCUAUCCCGACUGUCGCCAGAGGAAACAGAGCCAAUUGAGGACCUCGACGUCAGUGUACACGCCGUGUUCCCGCAAUUCAGCGAUGCAACGAUGACGAGGAUCCGCGAGGAGUCGGCUAAAGACGCCGAGGUGUCAGCACUGAAGGAGAUGAUCUUCAGUGGCUGGCCAUCAGAGAGGAGCGCGGUGCCGGCAAUUCUGCUCCCGUACUGGAAUUUCCGCGACGAGAUGAGCACCGAGGACGGUCUCAUCCUGAAGAGCAGUCGCGUCCUGAUUCCCCCGCCAAUGAGGGGGGAAAUCCUCAGCAAGCUGCACGCCAGCCACCAAGGCAUAGAGAAGACCAAGCUGCGAGCCAGAACGUCCGUCUUCUGGAAGGACAUCAACAAGGAUAUCGAAGCAACUGUCUCAUCUUGCACGACGUGCCAGCGCCACCAGAGCAGUGAAGCCAAGGAACCACUGGUGCAGCCCGAUAUUCCGCCAAGGGCAUGGCACACCUUAGGCACGGACCUGUUCUACCUUGGCGGGUCAGAAUACCUCAUUGCCGCCGACUACUACUCCAAGUACUUUAUCACCCGGAAGCUGCCUGCCGGACAAGCGACCAGCAGGGCCAUCAUCCAGCACCUCAAGGAGAUUUUCGGUGAGCACGGCAUCCCAGCCGUGCUGAAGUCGGAAAACGGGCCGCAAUACAGCAGCCAUCUGUUCGCGGAGUUUGCUGCCGAAUAUGGAUUCCGCCACAGUACGUCGUCGCCACAUUACCCGCAGAGUAACGGGUUUAUCGAAUCGCAAGUCAAGAUCGCUAAGAGAGCUCUCGAGAAGGCAAGGGAGAGCGGGACCGACCCGCACUUAGCACUGCUCUGCAUUCGCGCCACCCCAGUGUGCCAGGGCUUACCGUCGCCGGCCGAGAUGCUGUUCGGUCAUCAGGUACAGGACAACCUGCCUCGCAAACACCAGCGCGACACUCGGGACGAGGUCAUCCGACAGAAGCUCGAGGAGCGGCAGGACCAGCAGAAAGUACACCAUGACCAGCGAGCGCAGUCUCUCCGCCCCCUAGUUCCUGGUCAGCACGUCGGCAUCCGCAGCCCGACCACGCCACUGUGGGAACCUGGUAUCGUAACCCAGUCUGUCAACGGGCCACGGUCAUACAUGGUGCAGCUUGACCAUGGGACAGAAGUGCGGCGCAACCGUACCCACCUCAGAGAGAGGCGGGUCCACUUUCCGCCGGAUGCCAGUCUCGCAGGCCCUCAGCGUCGGCGCGCAGCGACAUUGGCGAGCCUCAGCCGCCGAGUGACGUGCCGUCGCCGUGGAGCGACGUUAGCCAGUCUCAGCCGCCGUCACUGUGUGACAUCAGCCAGCCUGCUGAACCUGCCACCCAGCUGUAUCGAACACGGUCUGGCCGCGCAGUCGCACCCAGGUCAAUCCUGGAUGUGUAGGGCCAGAGAGGCCUCAUGGACCUGUUCGUUUAUGUCACAGUAG